AUGGCGGCCAAGUCCCUCCUCUCCAGCCAUGCUGUUCAAGCCGUGUCGCGCGUGUCCAUGGCUGCGACCGUGAGAUCGCGCGUGGUCGCCGCGUCCUUCAUGGCGCCGGCUCGUUCCUCGGCGGCGUCCCUCGCGGCGUCGUCGUCGUCGCUCAUGUCGCCGCUCUCCGCGGCGUCCCUGGCGCCCGCCACCACCCGCCGUCAAGUCUCGUCCUUCUCCACGGCGCCCCGCGCUCAGGCGGGGGCGGAGCCAACGGUGACGAACAAGGUGUAUUUCGACGUGGAGAUCGGCGGCAAGCCCGCUGGUCGCAUCGUGCUGGGGCUCUUCGGAGAGAAUGUGCCCAAGACCGCCGAGAACUUCCGCGCCCUCUGCACCGGCGAGAAGGGCUUCGGGUUCAAGGGGUCGGCGUUCCACCGCGUGAUCCGCGACUUCAUGAUCCAGGGCGGCGACUUCACCGCCGGCAAUGGCACGGGCGGCAAGAGCAUCUACGGGCUCAAGUUCGCCGACGAGAACUUCCAAUUGAAGCACACGGGCCCCGGCAUCCUGAGCAUGGCGAAUGCGGGUCCCAACACGAACGGCAGCCAGUUCUUCAUCUGCACCGUCAAGACGCCAUGGCUGGACGGCAAGCAUGUGGUGUUUGGGCAGGUGUUGGAGGGGUUGGACGUGGUGCGCACCAUAGAGGGCCAGCAGACGGACCGCAUGGACCGGCCCAAGGCCCCCUGCGUCAUUGCCGACUCGGGCGAGCUCCCCAAUUAA